GGCUCUUGCCUGGGGUUCUCAGGAGGGGAGAGCUGGGAGAGGAUUUGCUGCUGAGGAAGUUUAUUUGAUAGCUUGAAGGGUUGAACAAGAGCUACAGAAAAGAAAGAAAAAAAUCCGUAUAAGCCAAUGGUUUUCCGGAAGAAAAUAACCCCAUUGCCUUGAGUUUGUAGGUGCCACUACUACUCUGGGAAAAUGGCAGAUGACGAAGAAUAUGAGGAGGUGGUGGAGUACUACACAGAAGAGACAAUUUACGAAGAGGUGCCAGGAGAGACAAUAACAGAAAUCUAUGAAACCACAACAACAAGGACAACGUCUGACUAUGGGCAAUCGGAAACUUCCAAACCUGCCCUGGCAGCGCCAGAGCCGGCAAAGCCAGUGGAGAGGAAGAAGGUCAUUCGGAAGAAGGUGGACACUUCCAAGUUCAUGACCCCCUAUAUUGAACAUAGUCAGAAAAUGCAGAAUAUUUUUAGCCCAAAUAAAUACAAGGAGAAAUUUGAGAAAGCAAAAGGACAGCCAUACGCCAGCACAUCUGAUACUCCAGAACUUCGCAGAAUCAAGAAAGUGCAAGAUCAACUUAGUGAGGUUAAGUAUCGAAUGGACGGCGAUGUUGCUAAAACUAUAUGUCAUGUGGAUGAAAAAGCAAAAGAUAUUGAACAUGCAAAGAAAGUGUCGCAGCAAGUCAGCAAGGUUUUAUAUAAGCAGAACUGGGAAGACACCAAGGAUAAGUACCUGCUUCCCCCUGAUGCCCCUGAACUUGUCCAGGCCAUUAAAAACACAGCCAUGUUCAGUAAGAAACUGUACACAGAAGACUGGGAAGCAGACAAAGGUUUGUUUUACCCAUAUAAUGAUAGCCCGGAACUGAGGAGGGUUGCCCAGGCCCAGAAAGCUCUCAGCGAUAUUACCUACAAAAAAGGUCACAUCGAACAGCAGUCUCAAUUCACAUCUCUGCCUGAUCCUCCAGAUAUCGAAUUUGCCAAGAAAGUAACCAAUCAAGUGAGCAAGCAAAAAUACAAAGAAGACUAUGAAAAGAAAGUCAAAGGCAAAUGGAGUGAGACACCUUGCUUUGAAAUUGCAACUGCCAGAAUGAACGCCGAUAACCUCAGCACAAGGAAAUAUCAGGAAGAUUUUGAGAACCUCAAAGACCAGAUCUACUUUAUGCAGACCGAAACACCAGAGUAUAAAGUGAAUAAACAAGCUGGGUUGGCAGCUAGCAAGGUAAAAUAUAAAGAAGACUAUGAAAAGAAUAAAGGAAAAGCAGAUUAUAAUGUACUUCCUGCUUCAGAGAAUCCACUGCUCAGGCAGCUGAAGGCGGCAGGAAAUGCCCUAAGUGAUAAACUAUACAAGGAAAACUACGAAAAGACAAAGGCAAAGAGCAUGAAUUACUGCGAGACCCCCAAAUUCCAGCUUGAUACUGUUCUACAGAACUUCAGUAGUGACACUAAAUAUAAAGAUUCCUACUUAAAGAAUAUUUUAGGACACUAUGUAGGCAGCUUUGAAGAUCCAUAUCAUUCACACUGCAUGAAAGUCGCAGCCCAAAACAGUGAUAAAAACUACAAAGCAGAAUAUGAAGAGGACAGAGGAAAAGGCUUCUUCCCCCAGACCAUAACUCAGGAAUAUGAAGCCAUCAAGAAACUAGAUCAGUGUAAAGAUCACACCUAUAAAGUCCAUCCAGAUAAAACAAAGUUCACGCAAGUUCCCGACUCUCCAGUUCUGGUACAAGCCCAAGUCAAUUCCAAGCAACUGAGCGAUCUAAAUUACAAAGCUAAACAUGAAAGUGAGAAGUUCAAGUGCCACAUACCCCCUGAUACUCCUGCCUUUAUCCAGCACAGAGUCAACGCUUACAACCUGAGUGAUAAUGUUUACAAGCAAGACUGGGAGAAGAGCAAAGCUAAGAAGUUUGACAUUAAAGUGGAUGCCAUCCCUCUGCUGGCAGCCAAAGCCAACAGCAAGAAUGCCAGCGACGUGAUGUACAAGAAAGACUAUGAGAAGAGCAGAGGGAAAAUGAUUGGAGCCCUCAGCAUUAACGAUGAUCCCAAGAUGCUGCAUUCCUUGAAGACAGCCAAAAACCAGAGUGAUAGACUAUACAAGGAAAACUAUGAGAAGACAAAAGCAAAGAGCAUGAAUUACUGCGAGACCCCUAAAUAUCAACUUGAUACACUGUUGAAGAACUUCAGCGAGGCUAAAUAUAAAGAUUCAUAUGUAAAGAAUAUUUUGGGACAUUAUGUAGGCAGCUUUGAAGACCCAUAUCACACACACUGCAUGAAAGUUUCUGCUCAAAAUAGUGACAAAAGUUACAAAGCAGAAUAUGAAGAAGAUAAAGGGAAAUGCUACUUCCCUCAGACAAUAACACAAGAAUACGAAGCAAUUAAGAAGCUGGACCAGUGUAAAGAUCAUACCUAUAAAGUUCAUCCUGAUAAGACUAAAUUCACGGCGGUCACUGAUACUCCUGUACUACUGCAAGCCCAGCUCAACACCAAACAGCUCAGUGAUCUGAAUUACAAAGCCAAACACGAAGGCGAGAAGUUCAAGUGCAACGUGCCAGCAGAUGCCCCAGAGUUUAUCCAACACAGAGUCAAUGCCUACAACCUGAGUGACAAUGUUUACAAGCAAGACUGGGAGAAGAGCAAAGCUAAGAAGUUUGAAAUUAAAGUGGAUGCCAUCCCUCUGCUGGCAGCCAAAGCCAACAGCAAGAAUGCCAGCGACGUGAUGUACAAGAAAGACUAUGAGAAGAGCAGAGGGAAAAUGAUUGGAGCCCUCAGCAUUAACGACGAUCCCAAGAUGCUGCACUCCUUGAAGACAGCCAAAAACCAGAGUGAUCGUGAAUAUCGUAAGGACUAUGAGAAGUCAAAAACUGUCUACACGACACCUCUUGAUAUGCUCCAAGUCACUCAAGCUAAGAAAUCUCAGGCAAUCGCCAGUGAUGCAGACUACAAGCACAUCUUACACAACUACAGCUACCCACCCGACAGCAUCAACGUGGACCUUGCCAAGAAGGCCUACGCGCUACAGAGCGAUGUGGAAUACAAAGCUGACUAUAAUAGCUGGAUGAAAGGCUGCGGCUGGGUGCCUUUUGGGUCCUUGGAAAUGGAAAAGGCCAAGCGGGCUUCAGAUAUCCUUAAUGAGAAAAAAUAUCGCCAACAUCCAGACACACUCAAGUUUACCUCAAUUGAAGAUGCUCCGAUUAUAGUACAGUCUAAAAUAAACCAGGCCCAGAGGAGCGAUAUUGCUUACAAAGCCAAAGGAGAGGAAGUUCUGCACAAAUAUAACCUGCCAGCUGACCUGCCGCAGUUCAUUCAAGCUAAAGUGAAUGCCUAUAAUAUCAGCGAGAACAUGUACAAGGCAGACUUGAAGGACUUGAGCAAGAAGGGGUAUGACCUGAGAACUGACGCCAUUCCCAUCAAAGCUGCCAAAGCGGCCAGGCACGCGGCGAGUGACGUUCAAUACAAAAAAGAUUAUGAAAAAGCUAAAGGGAAGAUGGUCGGCUUCCAAAGUCUCCAAGAUGACCCCAAACUGGUUCAUUAUAUGAAUGUGGCCAAGAUACAGUCCGAUCGGGAAUAUAAAAAAGACUAUGAAAAGACGAAGACCAAGUACAACACACCUCACGACAUGUUCAAUGUCGUGGCAGCCAAGAAAGCUCAGGAUGUCAUCAGCAAUGUCAACUAUAAGCAUUCUCUCCAUCACUACACCUACCUGCCCGACGCCAUGGACCUGGAGUUGUCCAAAAACAUGAUGCAGAUCCAGAGUGAUAACACCUACAAGGAGGACUACAACAACUGGAUGAAAGGCAUCGGCUGGAUACCUAUUGGCAGUCUCGACUUAGAAAAAGUUAAAAAGGCUGGAGAUGCCCUGAAUGAAAAGAAGUACAGGCAACAUCCCGACACCCUCAAGUUUACCAGCAUCGUGGACUCCCCAGUAAUGGUCCAGGCAAAGCAGAACACACAGCAAGUCAGCGAUAUCUUAUAUAAAGCGAAAGGAGAAGACAUGAAACAUAAGUAUACUAUGAGCCCUGAUCUUCCACAGUUCAUCCAGGCUAAGUGCAAUGCUUACAAUAUCAGUGAUGUCUGUUAUAAACGGGACUGGCAUGAUUUAAUAGCCAAGGGCAACAAUGUCCUGGCUGAUGCUAUCCCCAUCACUGCAGCCAAGUCAUCAAGAAACAUCGCCAGCGAUUACAAGUACAAAGAAGCUUAUGAGAAGUCAAAGGGAAAGCAUGUGGGUUUCAGAAGCCUCCAGGAUGACCCCAAGCUUGUCCACUAUAUGAAUGUGGCAAAGUUGCAGUCCGACCGUGAAUAUAAGAAGAACUAUGAGAAUACCAAAACCAGCUACCACACACCUGGGGACAUGGUUAGCAUUACAGCUGCAAAGACGGCCCAGGAUGUGGCUACCAAUGUCAACUACAAACAGCCAUUGCAUCAUUAUACAUACCUACCUGAUGCCAUGAGUCUCGAGCACACUAGGAAUGCAAAUCAAAUUCAGAGUGAUAAUGUAUAUAAAGACGAAUAUAACAACUUCUUCAAAGGCAUUGGAUGGAUCCCUAUUGGCUCUCUGGAGGUCGAGAAGGUCAAGAAAGCAGGCGAUGCACUAAAUGAGAGGAAGUAUCGACAGCACCCAGAUACCAUCAAGUUCACAAGUGUGCCUGAUUCCAUGGGCAUGGUUUUGGCUCAGCAGAACACAAAGCAGCUAAGUGAUUUGAACUACAAGGUAGAGGGGGAGAAACUGAAGCACAAGUACACUAUUGACCCUGAAUUGCCUCAGUUUAUUCAAGCCAAGGUCAAUGCCCUCAACAUGAGUGAUGCUCAUUAUAAAGCAGACUGGAAGAAAACCCUUGCUAAGGGCUAUGAUUUGAGACCAGAUGCUAUUCCAAUUGUUGCUGCAAAAAGUUCAAGGAAUAUUGCUAGUGAUUGCAAAUAUAAGGAGGCCUAUGAGAAAGCCAAAGGCAAGCAAAUUGGGUUUCUCAGUCUUCAAGAUGAUCCUAAACUGGUUCACUACAUGAAUGUGGCCAAAAUGCAGUCCGAUCGUGAGUAUAAGAAAGGCUACGAAGCCAGCAAGACCAGGUACCACACACCUUUGGAUAUGUUCAGUGUGACAGCUGCAAAGAAAUCCCAGGAGGUUGCUACCAACACCAACUACAAGCAACCCUUCCACAACUACACUCUCCUGCCUGAUGCCUUGAAUGUGGAACACUCCAGGAAUGCCAUGCAGAUCCAGAGUGACAAUCUAUACAAAUCUGACUUCACCAAUUGGAUGAAAGGGAUCGGCUGGGUCCCCAUAGACUCCCUGGAGGUGGAAAAAGCAAAGAAAGCAGGAGAUAUUCUUAGUGAGAAGAAGUAUCGACAGCACCCUGAGAAGCUGAAGUUCACGUACUCCAUGGACACAAUGGAACAGGCACUGAAUAAGAGCAACAAACUGACUAUGGAUAAGAGGCUCUACACUGAAAAAUGGAACAAAGACAAGACCACCAUUCAUGUCAUGCCUGACACUCCAGACAUUUUGCUCUCCAGAGUAAACCAAAUCACCAUGAGUGAUAAACUAUACAAAGCUGGCUGGGAAGAAGAAAAGAAGAAAGGAUAUGACCUGAGGCCUGACGCCAUCUCAAUAAGGGCUGCAAAAGCCUCUGGAGACAUUGCCAGUGACUACAAAUACAAGCAAGCCUAUGAACAAGCCAAAGGGAAGCACAUUGGCUUCCGGAGCCUGGAAGACGACCCCAAACUGGUGCACUUCAUGCAGGUGGCCAAGAUGCAGUCAGACCGGGAAUACAAGAAGGGCUAUGAGAAAUCCAAGACAUCCUUCCACACACCAGUAGACAUGCUCAGUGUGGUGGCCGCCAAGAAGUCUCAGGAAGUGGCCACCAACACCAACUACAGGAAUGUGAUCCAUACCUACAACAUGCUUCCUGACGCCAUGAGCUUUGAAUUGGCCAAGAAUAUGAUGCAGAUUCAAAGUGAUAAUCAGUACAAAGCUGACUAUGCUGACUUCAUGAAGGGCAUUGGAUGGCUCCCUCUGGGCUCCCUGGAAGCUGAGAAAAACAAGAAAGCCAUGGAGAUUAUUAGUGAAAAGAAGUACCGCCAGCACCCAGAUACUUUGAAGUAUUCCACAUUGAUGGACUCAAUGAACAUGGUUUUGGCCCAGAAUAAUGCAAAAAUUAUGAAUGAACACCUCUACAAACAAGCAUGGGAAGCUGACAAGACCAAAGUCCACAUCAUGCCUGAUAUCCCCCAGAUUGUGUUGGCGAAGGCCAAUGCAAUCAAUAUGAGUGAUAAACUCUACAAACUUUCCUUGGAAGAGUCUAAAAAGAAAGGCUAUGAUCUCCGAACAGAUGCGAUUCCUAUCAAAGCUGCAAAGGCUUCACGAGAUAUUGCAAGUGAUUAUAAAUACAAGUACAAUUAUGAAAAGGAGAAGGGAAAAAUGUUUGGUUUCCGCAGUCUUGAAGAUGAUCCCAAAUUAGUCCACUCCAUGCAAGUAGCGAAGAUGCAAUCUGACCGAGAGUACAAGAAAAACUAUGAGAAGACAAAGACCAGCUACCACACUCCUGCAGACAUGCUCAGUGUCACAGCUGCCAAGGAUGCCCAAGCCAACAUCACCAACACUAACUACAAGCAUCUGAUCCACAAGUACAUCCUCCUUCCCGAUGCCAUGAACAUUGAGCUGACCAGGAACAUGAAUCACAUCCAGAGUGAUAAUGAAUAUAAGCAGGACUACAAUGAAUGGUACAAAGGGCUUGGCUGGAGUCCAGCCGGUUCCCUCGAAGUGGAGAAGGCCAAGAAAGCCACUGAAUAUGCCAGCGACCAGAAAUACCGCCAGCACCCUAGCAACUUCCAGUUUAAGAAGCUGACUGACUCCAUGGACAUGGUGCUUGCCAAGCAGAAUGCACACACCAUGAACAAGCAUUUGUACACAAUUGAUUGGAAUAAAGAUAAGACCAAGAUCCAUGUGAUGCCUGACACACCGGAUAUUUUACAAGCCAAGCAGAAUCAAACACUAUUUAGUCAGAAACUGUAUAAACUUGGAUGGGAAGAAGCUUUGAAGAAAGGCUAUGAUCUCCCGGUAGAUGCGAUUUCAGUACAGCUGGCCAAAGCUUCAAGGGACAUUGCUAGUGAUUUUAAAUAUAAACAAGGCUACCGGAAACAACUUGGACACCAUAUUGGAUUCCGGAGUUUGCAAGAUGACCCAAAGCUUGUGUUAUCAAUGAAUGUAGCCAAAAUGCAGAGUGAACGAGAAUAUAAGAAAGAUUUUGAAAAGUGGAAAACCAGGUACACCAGCCCAGUGGACAUGCUGGGAGUGGUGCUAGCCAAGAAAUGUCAGGCCUUGGUUAGUGAUAUAGACUACAAGAACUACUUACAUCAGUGGACAUGCCUACCUGAUCAGAAUGACGUCAUCCAAGCUAAAAAAGUAUACGAACUACAAAGUGAGAAUGUGUAUAAGUCUGACCUUGAGUGGCUGAGAGGCAUAGGAUGGAGUCCCCUUGGUUCUUUGGAAGCAGAAAAGAAUAAGCGGGCUUCAGAAAUCAUCAGUGAGAAGAAAUAUCGCCAGCCUCCAGACAAAAACAAGUUUACCAGCAUUCCUGAUGCCAUGGACAUAGUUUUGGCAAAAACAAAUGCCAAAAAUAGGAGUGAUAGACUUUAUAGAGAAGCUUGGGACAAGGACAAGACUCAAAUUCACAUCAUGCCUGAUACACCUGACAUUAUUCUGGCUAAGGCAAACUUAAUCAAUACAAGUGAUAAAAUCUACCGAAUGGGUUAUGAGGAGCUGAAGAAAAAAGGCUACGAUCUUCCUGUUGAUGCCAUACCAAUCAAAGCAGCCAAAGCAUCCCGGGAAAUUGCCAGUGAAUACCAAUACAAAGAUGGGUACCGCAAACAGCUGGGCCACCACAUUGGAGCCCGGAAUAUUAAAGAUGACCCCAAGAUGAUGUGGUCCAUGCACGUGGCCAAAAUCCAGAGUGACAGGGAGUACAAGAARGACUUUGAGAAGUGGAAGACCAAGUUCAGCAGCCCAGUGGACAUGCUGGGGGUGGUGCUGGCCAAGAAGUGCCAGACCUUAGUGAGUGACGUGGACUACAGAAACUACCUCCACCAGUGGACAUGCCUGCCUGACCAGAAUGAUGUCAUCCAUGCUCGGCAGGCCUAUGACCUCCAGAGCGAUAAUGUUUAUAAGUCUGAUCUCCAGUGGUUAAGAGGCAUUGGCUGGGUCCCCAUUGGGUCUGUGGAUGUGGUCAAGUGCAAGAGAGCUGCAGAGAUACUGAGUGAUAACAUCUACCGCCAGCCUCCAGACAAGCUGAAGUUCACCAGUGUGACAGAUUCUCCGGAGCAGGUGCUGGCCAAGAACAAUGCCAUCAACAUGAACAAGCGUUUAUACACAGAAGCCUGGGACAAAGAUAAGACCCAAGUCCAUAUUAUGCCUGAUACACCUGAAAUUAUGCUGGCAAGACAAAAUAAAAUAAAUUAUAGUGAGAGCCUCUAUCGCCAGGCCAUGGAAGAAGCCAAGAAAGAAGGCUAUGACUUACGAAGUGAUGCCAUUCCCAUUGUGGCUGCCAAGGCCUCCCGGGACAUUGCCAGUGAUUACAAAUACAAAGAAGCCUACCGUAAGCAGUUGGGUCACCACAUUGGUGCCCGAGCCGUCCAUGAUGAUCCCAAGAUAAUGUGGUCCCUCCACAUUGCCAAAGUGCAGAGUGACCGUGAGUAUAAGAAAGAAUUUGAGAAAUACAAGACAAGGUACAGCAGCCCAGUGGACAUGCUUGGUAUUGUUUUGGCCAAGAAAUGUCAGACCUUGGUCAGUGAUGUGGACUAUAAACACCCUCUGCAUGAAUGGACCUGCCUGCCUGACCAGAAUGACAUCAUUCAUGCCCGGAAAGCCUAUGACCUCCAGAGCGAUAAUUUGUAUAAGUCCGACCUGGAAUGGAUGAAAGGUAUCGGCUGGGUUCCAAUUGGUUCCUUGGAAGUGAUUAAAGCCAAGAGGGCCACAGAGAUACUGAGUGAUAAUAUCUAUCGUCAGCGUCCAGACACCCUGAAAUUCACCAGUAUAACUGACUCACCGGAGCAGGUGCUGGCAAAGAACAAUGCUUUAAAUAUGAAUAAGCGCUUGUAUACUGAAGCCUGGGAUAAUGACAAGAAAACAAUCCAUGUCAUGCCUGAUACACCAGAAAUCAUGCUGGCCAAACUCAACCGAAUAAACUACAGUGAUAAACUCUAUAAACUUGCUUUGGAAGAGUCUCGGAAGGAAGGCUGUGACCUGCGGCUGGAUGCGAUUCCAAUCCAAGCAGCCAAGGCUUCAAGAGAUAUUGCUAGUGAUUACAAGUACAAGGAAGGCUACCGCAAACAGCUGGGCCACCACAUUGGGGCCCGGAACAUUAAGGAUGACCCCAAGAUGAUGUGGUCCAUCCAUGUGGCCAAGAUCCAGAGUGACAGGGAGUACAAGAAGGACUUUGAGAAGUGGAAGACCAAGUUCAGUAGCCCAGUGGACAUGCUGGGGGUGGUGCUGGCCAAGAAAUGCCAGAUCCUUGUGAGUGACAUUGACUAUAGGCAUCCUCUACAUGAAUGGAUCUGCCUUCCAGAUCAGAACGAUGUCAUUCAGGCCCGGAAAGCCUACGACCUGCAGAGUGAUGCUAUUUACAAGGCUGAUCUUGAGUGGCUGAGAGGCAUUGGAUGGGUUCCCAUUGGCUCUGUUGAGGUGGAGAAGGUGAAGAGAGCUGGAGAAAUCCUGAGUGACAGGAAAUACCGCCAGCCUGCAAACCAGCUCAAAUUCACAUGCAUCACAGACACCCCGGAAAUUGUCCUGGCAAAGAAUAAUGCCCUCACAAUGAGCAAGCAUUUAUACACAGAAGCUUGGGAUGCUGACAAAGCCUCCAUCCAUGUGAUGCCGGACACCCCAGAAAUCCUGCUAGCAAAGAGCAAUUCUGCCAAUAUCAGCCAAAAACUUUAUACCAAAGGGUGGGAUGAAUCAAAGAUGAAGGACUAUGAUCUGAGAGAAGAUGCUAUUUCCAUCAAAAGUGCCAAGGCCUCUAGGGACAUUGCCAGUGAUUACAAAUACAAGGAAGCAUAUGAGAAACAGAAAGGCCACCAUAUUGGAGCCCAGUGCAUUGAAGAUGAUCCCAGGAUUAUGUGUGCCAUACAUGCAGGGAAGAUUAACAGUGAACUUGAGUACAAAAAGGACUUUCAGAAGUGGAAGACCAAGUUCUCUAGCCCAGUGGACAUGUUGGGCAUCUUGCUGGCCAAGAAAUGCCAGACUCUGGUCAGUGAUAUUGAUUAUCGCAACUACUUGCACCACUGGACCUGCUUACCUGAUCAGAACGACAUCAUCCAAGCCAAGAAGGCCUAUGAACUGCAGAGUGAUAGUGUGUAUAAAGCAGACCUGGAAUGGCUACGCGGCAUCGGCUGGAUGCCAGAAGGCUCCGUAGAAAUGACCAGAGUGAAGGGUGCACAGGACCUUGUGAAUGAAAGACUCUAUAGGACGCGACCAGAAGAUUUGAAAUUCACCUGCAUUGUUGACACUCCAGAAAUUGUCCUGGCAAAAGCCAAUUCUCUGCAAAUGAGUGAGAGGCUGUAUCAAGAAGCCUGGAAUAAAGAUAAAACCAACAUCAACAUUCCUUCAGAUACACCAGUUAUGCUGCAGGCCCAAAUCAAUGCCUUGCAAAUUAGCAAUAAACUCUACCAAAAAGACUGGGACGAAGCCAAGCAGAAAGGCUACGACAUAAGAGCAGAUGCCAUUGAAAUCAAACACGCCAAAGCCUCCAGAGAAAUUGCGAGUGAGUACAAAUACAAAGAAGGCUACCGUAAGCAGCUAGGCCACCACGUGGGUUUCCGCAGCCUGCAAGAUGACCCCAAGUUGGUAUGGUCUAUACAUGCCGCCAAGAUCCAGAGUGACAGAGAGUACAAGAAAGCUUAUGAGAAAUCUAAGGGAAUUUACAAUACACCCUUGGACAUGAUGUCAAUUGUCCAAGCCAAGAAAUGCCAGGUCCUGGUUAGCGACAUUGAUUAUCGCAAUUAUCUGCACCAGUGGAUAUGUCUGCCAGAUCAGAACGAUGUGAUCCAGGCCAAGAAAGCCUAUGAACUGCAGAGUGAUAACAUAUACAAAUCAGACCUGGAAUGGAUGAAGGGUAUCGGAUGGUUGGCAGAGGGUUCUGUGGAAGUGAUGAGAGUGAAGAAUGCGCAGAAUCUCUUGAAUGAAAGGUUAUAUCGUAUAAGACCUGAGGCCCUCAAAUUUACCAGCAUUGUUGAUACACCAGAGGUGGUCUUGGCAAAGACCAAUGCUCUACAGAUCAGUGAGCCACGGUAUCGUGAUGCCUGGGACAAAGAGAAAGCUAAUGUGAAUGUGCCAGCUGACACUCCACUGAUGCUGCAGUCCAAACUCAAUGCCAUCCAGAUAAGCAAUAAACAGUAUCAGCAAGCUUGGGAAGAUGUCAAGAUGACCGGCUAUGACAUAAGAGCAGACGCCAUUGGAAUCCAGCACGCCAAGGCUUCCAGAGAUAUCGCCAGUGAUUAUCUGUACAAGACUGCUUAUGAGAAGCAGAAAGGCCAUUACAUUGGAUGUCGCAAUGCCAAGGAAGAUCCAAAACUUGUUUGGGCAGCAAAGGUGCUGAAGAUGCAGAAUGACAGACUGUACAAGAAAACCUACAAUGACCACAAGGCCAAAAUCACCAUCCCACCGGACAUGGUGUCCAUCAAUGCUGCCAAAGAGGGCCAGGCAUUAGCAAGUAAUGUGGACUAUCGUCAGUACCUGCACCAGUGGUCUUGCUUUCCUGAUCAGAAUGAUGUGAUCCAAGCCAGGAAAGCUUAUGACCUGCAGAGUGAUGCUAUUUACAAGGCUGACUUGGAGUGGCUGCGAGGCAUCGGCUGGAUGCCAGAAGGGUCUCCAGAAGUAUUGAGAGUCAAAAAUGCCCAGGAAAUCCUAUGUGACAGUGUCUAUCGAACACCCGUGGUGAACCUCAAGUAUACAAGCAUUGUUGACACCCCUGAAGUGGUCCUUGCUAAAGCAAAUGCUGAAAAUAUUAGCAUUCCAAAGUACAGAGAAGUCUGGGACAAAGAUAAAACUUCAAUCCACAUCAUGCCAGAUACGCCAGAAAUCAAUCUCGCUAGAGCAAACGCUCUUAAUGUGAGCAAUAAAAUUUACCGUGAGGGUUGGGAUGAAAUGAAGAUGAGCUGUGAUGUGCGGCUGGAUGCCAUCCCUAUCCAGGCUGCCAAGGCCUCCAGGGAGAUUGCCAGUGACUAUAAAUAUAAGCUCGACCACGAGAAGCAGAAGGGACACUACGUGGGCACCCUCACAGCCAGGGAUGACAACAAGAUCCGGUGGGCCCUCAUCGCUGGCAAGCUUCAGAAUGAAAGAGAGUACCGGCUGCAUUGGGCCAAAUGGAAGACUAAGUUCCAAAGCCCUGCAGACAUGCUCUCCAUCUUGCAUUCUAAGAAAUGCCAGACUCUGGUCAGCGACAUUGAUUAUCGCAAUUACCUGCACCAGUGGACAUGCCUGCCUGACCAGAACGAUGUGAUUCAGGCCAAGAAAGCCUAUGAACUACAAAGCGAUGCUAUUUACAAGGCUGACUUGGAAUGGUUACGUGGAAUUGGUUGGAUGCCAAAUGAUUCUGUUUCUGUCAAUCACGCCAAACAUGCAGCAGAUAUCUUCAGCGAGAAAAAAUAUCGCACAAAAAUAGAAACUCUCAACUUUACUCCUGUGGAUGACAGAGUUGAUUAUGUGACAGCGAAACAAAGUGGUGAGAUCCUCGAUGAUAUUAAAUACCGGAAAGACUGGAAUGCCAUCAAAUCAAAGUACACCCUCACAGAAACCCCACUGCUGCACACUGCUCAGGAGGCUGCUCGGAUCCUUGACCAGUACCUCUACAAGGAAGGCUGGGAGAAACAGAAAGCCACAGGUUACAUUUUGCCUCCAGAUGCGGUGCCAUUUGUUCACGCCCAACACUCCAGUGACGUUCAGAGUGAGCUGAAAUACAAAGCUGAACACAUAAAGCAAAGAGGUCACUAUGUUGGUGUUCCAACCAUGAGAGAUGAUCCUAAACUGGUUUGGUUUGAGCAUGCAGGCCAGAUUCAGAAUGACAGACUCUACAAAGAGGACUAUCACAAAACAAAAGCCAAAAUCAAUAUACCUGCUGACAUGGUGUCAGUCUUGGCCGCCAAGCAGGGGCAGAACCUUGUCAGUGAUAUUGAUUACCGUAAUUACCUGCACCAAUGGAUAUGUCAUCCUGACCAAAAUGAUGUUAUUCAGGCAAGGAAGGCCUAUGACCUACAGAGUGAUAAUGUCUACAAAGCUGACCUAGAGUGGCUCCGCGGCAUUGGCUGGAUCCCCUUGGAUUCUGUGGAACAUGUGAGAGUGACAAGGAACCAAGAAAUGGUGAAUCAGAUAAAAUAUAAGAAAGAUGCUCUUAACAACUAUCCCAACUUCACAAGUGUGGUGGAUCCUCCAGAGAUUGUUUUGGCCAAGAUUAAUUCAGUCAAUCAAAGUGAUAUAAAAUAUAAAGAAACAUUUAAUAAAGCCAAGGGCAAGUAUAUAUUUUCUCCAGAUACACCGUAUAUCUCCCACUCCAAAGACAUGGGAAAGCUCUACAGUACCAUUCUAUAUAAGGGGGCAUGGGAGGGAACCAAGGCAUAUGGCUAUACCCUGGAUGAGCGCUAUAUUCCCAUUGUUGGAGCCAAGCAUGCUGACCUGGUGAACAGUGAGCUGAAAUACAAAGAGACGUAUGAGAAGCAGAAAGGUCACUACCUGGCUGGAAAACACAUCAGUGAGUUCCCUGGCGUGGUUCACUGUCUGGAUUUCCAGCAAAUGAGGAGUGCGUUGAAUUACAGAAGAGAUUAUGAGGACACAAAAGCCAAUGUUCAUAUUCCCAAUGACAUGAUGAAUCAUGUGCUGGCUAAAAGGUGUCAGUACAUCCUGAGUGACCUGGAGUAUCGACACUACUUCCACCAGUGGACGUCUCUUCCGGAAGAACCCAAUGUUAUUCGUGCCCGAAACGCCCAGGAGAUCUUAAGUGAUAAUGUAUAUAAAGAUGACUUGAAUUGGCUAAAAGGCAUUGGUUGCUAUGUUUGGGAUACACCUCAGAUCCUCCAUGCCAAGAAAUCAUACGACCUCCAAAGUCAGCUCCAAUACACAGCAGCAGGUAAACAAAAUCUACAAAACUAUAACCUGGUCACAGAUACUCCACUUUACGUGACUGCUCUCCAAAGUGGCAUCAAUGCCAGCGAGGUGAAAUAUAAAGAAAAUUAUCAUCAAAUUAAGGACAAAUACACCACAGUUCUAGAAACAGUGGAUUAUGACAGAACCAAGAACCUGAAGAGUCUUUACAGCAGUAACCUGUACAAGGAAGCCUGGGAUAAAGUGAAAGCCACCAGCUACAUCCUGCCAACCAGCACCUUGUCCCUGACACACGCCAAGAACCAGAAGCACCUGGCCAGCCGUAUCAAGUACCGAGAAGAGUAUGAAAAAUUCAAAGCUCUUUAUACUUUACCAAAAAGUGUUGAAGAUGAUCCCAACACAGCGCGGUGCCUCCGGGUUGGCAAGUUUAACAUUGAUCGCCUGUACAGAUCAGUUUAUGAAAAGAACAAGAUGAAAAUCCACACCAUACCUGACAUGGUGGAGAUGGUUACUGCCAAGGAUUCUCAGAAGAAAGUCAGUGAGAUCGAUUACCGCCUGCACCUCCAUGAAUGGAUUUGCCACCCCGACUUGCAAGUCAACAGUCACGUCAGGAAAGUCACAGAUCAGAUCAGUGAUAUUGUGUACAAGGAUGAUCUCACCUGGCUGAAAGGAAUUGGUUGCUACGUCUGGGACACUCCAGAGAUUCUCCAUGCAAAACACGCUUAUGAUCUACGCAAUGAUAUCAAAUACAAAGCUCAUGUGCUGAAAACGAGGAAUGACUACAAGUUGGUCACUGAUACACCAGUCUACGUCCAGGCUGUCAAAAGUGGGAAACAGCUAAGCGAUGCCGUCUAUCACUAUGACUACGUGCACAGUGUCAGAGGCAAAGUGGCCCCAACCACAAAAACUGUGGAUCUGGACCGAGCACUUCAUGCGUACAAGCUCCAGAGUGAGAAUCUGUACAAAACUGGCCUGCGCUACCUGCCUACUGGGUAUAGGCUUCCAGUUGAUACCCCUCACUUCAGACACAACAAGGACACUCGAUACAUGAGCAGUUAUUUCAAGUACAAAGAAGUCUAUGAACACAUCAAGGCAAAUGGGUAUACACUAGGCCCCAAGGACGUUCCAUUUGUCCAUGUCCGGAGAGUCAACAAUGUUACUAGUGAGAGACUAUAUCGACAAUUGUACCAUAAACUGAAAGACAAGAUUCACACAACUCCUGACACACCUGAAAUCCGCCAAGUCAAGAAGACACAAGAAGCUGUCAGUGAGUUGAUCUACAAAUCAGACUUCUUCAAGAUGCAGGGCCACAUGAUCUCCCUGCCGUACACACCCCAAGUGUUGCACUGCCGCUACGUGGGAGACAUCACCAGUGAUAUUAAGUACAAAGAAGACUUGCAGAUCUUAAGGGGACUUGGUUGCUUCCUGUAUGACACUCCUGACAUGGUCCGCUCCCGACACCUGAGGAAGCUCUGGUCUAAUUACCUGUACACUGAUAAUGCAAGAAAGAUGCGAGACAAAUACAAAGUGGUACUUGACACUCCAGAAUACAGAAAAGUGCAGGAACUGAAGACCCAUCUGAGUGAGCUGGUGUACAGAGCCAAAGGCAAGAAGCUGAAGUCAGUCUUCACUUCAGUUCCCGAUACUCCUGAUCUUUUAAGAGCCAAGCGGGGGCAGAAGCUUCAGAGCCAGUAUCUCUAUGUUGAACUUGCCACCAAAGAGAGACCCCAUCAUCAUGCUGGAAACCAGACCACAGCCUUGAAGCACGCUAAAGAUGUAAAGGACUUGGUCAGUGAGAAUAAGUACAAGAUCCAAUAUGAAAAGAUGAAGGACAAGUACACUCCGGUGCCAGAUACACCGAUCCUCAUCAGAGCCAAGAGGGCUUACUGGAAUGCCAGUGACCUACGCUACAAAGAAACAUUUCAAAAAACCAAAGGGAAAUAUCACACUGUGAAGGAUGCUCUGGACAUCGUUUAUCAUCGCAGAGUCACGGAUGACAUCAGUAAAGUGAAAUACAAAGAGAAUUACAUGAGCCAGUUGGGCAUCUGGAGGUCCAUUCCUGACCGCCCAGAACAUUUCCACCAUCGGGCAGUCACAGAUGCAGUCAGUGAUGUAAAAUAUAAAGAAGAUUUGACCUGGCUUAAAGGCAUUGGAUGCUAUGCUUAUGAUACCCCUGACUUCACUCUGGCUGAACAGAACAAGAAACUCUACAGCAAGUAUAAGUACAAAGAGGUAUUUGAAAGGACAAAGUCAAAUUUCAAGUAUGUUGCUGACUCUCCAAUCAACAAGCAUUUCAAGUAUGCAACUCAGUUGAUGAAUGAGAAAAAAUACAGAGCUGAUUAUGAGCAGCGGAAAGAUAAAUACCACCUGGUAGUCGAUGAGCCUAGACAUCUGCUGGCUAAGACCGCAGGCGACCAGAUCAGCCAGAUCAAGUACAGGAAAAAUUAUGAAAAGACAAAGGACAAAUUCACCUCGGUCGUGGACACUCCAGAACACCUGCGUACCACAAAAGUCAACAAACAAAUCAGCGAUAUACUUUAUAAGUUGGAAUACAACAAGGCCAAGCCUCGGGGCUAUACCACAAUCCAUGACACACCCAUGCUGCUGCAUGUCCGCAAGGUCAAGGAUGAAGUCAGCGAUCUAAAAUAUAAAGAAGUUUACCAAAGAAAUAAAUCUAACUGCACCAUUAAACCAGAUGCGGUUCAUAUCAAAGCAGCCAAAGAUGCCUAUAAAGUCAACACCAACCUGGACUACAAGAAGCAAUAUGAAGCCAACAAAGCCUACUGGAAGUGGACCCCUGACCGACCAGACUUCAUUCAGGCCGCCAAGUCAUCCCUGCAACAAAGUGAUUUUGAAUAUAAGCUGGACCGAGAGUUCCUCAAGGGCUGCAAGCUUUCUGUCACUGAUGACAAAGACAUGGUGCUGGCCCUCAGGAAUUCUAUAAUAGAAAGUGAUUUGAAAUACAAAGAGAAACAUGUCAAGGAAAGAGGAACCUGCCAUGCUGUGCCUGACACUCCUCAGAUCCUCCUGGCAAAGACUGUCAGCCAUCUGGUGUCCGAGAACAAGUACAAGGACCAUGUCAAGAAGCACUUGGCCCAGGGCUCAUAUACUACACUGCCAGAGACCCUGGACACAGUUCAUGUCAAGAAAGUGACCAAGCAUGUCAGUGACACAAAUUACAAAAAGAAGUUUGUCAAGGAGAAGGGAAAAUCCAAUUACUCCAUCAUGCAGGAACCUCCCGAGGUGAAACAUGCCAUGGAAGUGGCCAAGAAGCAGAGUGACGUUGCUUACAAAAAAGAUGCCAAAGAGAACCUGCAUUAUACCACAGUGGCUGAUAGGCCAGACAUCAAGAAGGCCACGCAGGCAGCCAAACAGGCCAGUGAGGUGGAAUACAGAGCCAAGCACCGCAAAGAAGGCAGCCAUGGGUUAAGCAUGCUGGGUCGCCCAGACAUUGAGAUGGCUAAGAAGGCAGCCAAGCUGAGCAGCCAGGUUAAAUACCGAGAAAAUUUCGACAAAGAGAAGGGCAAGACUCCAAAAUAUAAUCCAAAAGACAGCCAGCUCUACAAAGUCAUGAAAGAUGCCAAUAAUCUCGCAAGUGAGGUUAAGUAUAAGGCUGACCUGAAGAAACUUCACAAACCUGUGACUGACAUGAAGGAAUCUCUGAUAAUGAAUCAUGUUCUAAAUACAAGUCAACUUGCUAGUUCUUACCAGUACAAGAAGAACUACGAGAAGAGUAAAGGCCACUACCACACAAUCCCUGAUAACCUGGAGCAGCUUCACCUAAAGGAGGCCACAGAGUUACAGAGUAUAGUAAAAUACAAAGAAAAAUAUGAAAAAGAGCGAGGAAAGCCCAUGUUGGACUUUGAGACACCAACAUACAUCACUGCCAAAGAAUCUCAGCAGAUGCAGAGUGGGAAAGAAUAUAGGAAAGAUUAUGAAGAGUCCAUUAAAGGCAGAAACCUGACUGGCCUGGAGGUUACACCAGCUUUAUUACAUGUCAAAUAUGCAACCAAAAUAGCAAGCGAGAAAGAGUACAGGAAAGAUCUAGAAGAAAGCAUUCGUGGAAAGGGUCUCACUGAAAUGGAAGAUACUCCCGACAUGCUACGUGCAAAGAAUGCCACUCAGAUUCUCAAUGAGAAAGAAUAUAAGAGAGACCUGGAGCUGGAAGUCAAAGGAAGAGGCCUGAAUGCCAUGGCCAACGAAACUCCGGACUUUAUGCGGGCCAGGAAUGCUACUGAUAUUGCUAGUCAGAUUAAAUAUAAGCAAUCAGCAGAAAUGGAAAAAGCCAAUUUCACUUCUGUGGUUGAUACUCCAGAGAUCAUUCAUGCCCAACAAGUCAAGAACCUUUCAAGUCAGAAAAAGUACAAAGAAGAUGCAGAGAAAUCCAUGUCAUAUUAUGAGACUGUUUUGGACACUCCAGAGAUGCAAAGAGUACGGGAGAACCAAAAGAACUUCAGCCUUCUCCAAUACCAGUGUGACCUUAAAAACAGUAAAGGAAAAAUUACAGUUGUUCAAGACACACCAGAAAUACUGCGUGUUAAAGAAAACCAAAAGAAUUUCAGCUCGGUUUUAUAUAAAGAGGAUGUCUCACCAGGAACGGCAAUUGGAAAAACACCUGAGAUGAUGAGAGUGAAGCAAACACAGGACCACAUUAGUUCGGUGAAGUAUAAAGAAACAAUUGGACAAGGAACUCCCAUUCCUGACCUACCUGAAGUGAAACGUGUCAAAGAGACCCAGAAGCACAUUAGCUCGGUUAUGUACAAAGAAAACUUGGGAACAGGCAUUCCAACCACUGUCACUCCAGAGAUUGAGAGAGUCAAACGCAAUCAAGAGAACUUUAGCUCGGUGUUAUAUAAAGAGAACCUCGGAAAAGGGAUUCCGAUUCCCAUCACUCCAGAGAUGGAGAGAGUCAAACACAAUCAAGAAAACUUUAGUUCGGUGCUAUACAAAGAAAACAUGGGCAAGGGAACUCCUUUACCUGUCACUCCAGAGAUGGAGAGAGUCAAACACAAUCAAGAAAAUAUUAGCUCGGUUUUGUACAAAGAAAAUGUGGGGAAAGCCACCCCAACCCCUGUCACUCCAGAGAUGCAGAGAGUCAAACGCAAUCAAGAAAACAUUAGCUCGGUAUUAUACAAAGAGAGCAUGGGGAAGGCAACCCCCACACCCUUUACUCCUGAGAUGGAAAGAGUCAAACGCAAUCAAGAAAACUUUAGCUCGGUAUUGUACAAAGAGAAUAUGAGAAAAGCAACACCGACACCUGUUACUCCAGAGAUGGAGAGAGCUAAGCGCAACCAAGAAAACAUUAGCUCGGUUCUUUAUUCUGAUAGCUUCCGGAAACAAAUACAAGGCAAAGCUGCCUAUGUGUUGGAUACCCCAGAGAUGAGACGGGUAAGGGAAACUCAACGGCAUAUCUCAACGGUGAAAUAUCAUGAAGACUUUGAGAAACACAAGGGUUGCUUCACGCCAGUGGUGACCGAUCCUAUCACUGAACGAGUAAAAAAGAACACACAAGACUUCAGUGACAUUAACUACCGAGGUAUUCAAAGAAAAGUUGUAGAAAUGGAACAAAAACGCAAUGAUCAGGAUCAGGAGACUAUUACAGGUCUACGUGUCUGGCGUACUAAUCCUGGUUCAGUUUUUGACUACGAUCCUGCGGAGGACAACAUUCAGUCCCGUAGCUUACAUAUGAUUAAUGUCCAAGCUCAGCGCCGGAGCCGGGAGCAGUCAAGGUCUGCCAGUGCAAUGAGUAUCAGCGGGGGUGAGGAAAAGUCUGAGCACUCAGAAGCUGCCGACCACCAUCUUUCCACCUACAGUGAUGGAGGUGCCUUCUUCUCUGCAGCCUCAACAGCUUACAAACAUGUGAAAACCACAGAGCUCCCACAACAACGAUCAUCGUCAGUUGCUACUCAACAGACAACAUUGUCUUCUAUACCAUCUCAUCCAUCUACUGCUGGAAAAAUCUUCCGUGCCAUGUACGACUAUAUGGCUGCAGAUGCAGAUGAGGUGUCCUUCAAAGAUGGAGAUGCUAUUGUAAAUGUUCAAGCUAUUGAUGAAGGAUGGAUGUAUGGCACUGUACAAAGAACUGGAAGAACCGGCAUGCUCCCAGCCAACUACGUCGAAGCUAUUUAGGCAUUUCAAAAACUCACAUCUGUAAGACCUACAACUCCUGCAGUGUUCCAGUUUAGACUCAACACUAUUGCUUCUCAAGUUGAUGUUUUUUUGCCAAUGUCAUUUAUGGCAGUAACAUUUC